UCGCAGUCAAAUCUCAGCUGAAUCUCCGCGUGGUGGUGACCUCUACUUACUCGAUCUCAAACAACAAUGUCGCCAUCGGAGAAUUCGGAUCGAAUUCUCUAAUCCCCAGUGAUAUCAGCUCACUGAAAGGAACUCUGUUGAUUGAUUUUGAAAGAGAACAAUAAUGUCUCACUCAUGGGACGGUCUCGGGGAGAUCGCGUCAGUAGCCCAGCUCACCGGCCUAGACGCCGUCAAACUCAUCGGCCUCAUCGUCAAAGCAGCCAACACCGCUUGGAUGCACAAGAAGAACUGUCGCCAGUUCGCUCAGCACCUCAAACUCAUCGGAAACCUGCUCGAACAGCUCAAGAUCUCCGAGCUGAAGAGGUAUCCGGAGACUCGGGAGCCUCUCGAAGGCCUCGAGGAUGCUCUGAGGAGGUCUUACGUCCUCGUCAACAGUUGCCGUGACAGGAGCUAUCUCUACUUGUUGGCGAUGGGGUGGAAUAUUGUUUACCAGUUCAGGAAAGCUCAGGAUGAGAUUGAUCGAUUUCUCAAGAUCAUACCUCUCAUCACUUUGGUUGAUAACGCUCGUGUUAGGGAGAGGUUGGAGUAUAUUGACCGUGACCAGUUCGAGUACACUCUUGAUGAAGAGGAUAGACAUGUGCAAGAUGUUAUUUUGAAACAAGAAUCCACCAGAGAAGCGGCUUCUGUGCUUAAGAAGACUCUCUCUUGCUCAUACCCCAACUUGCGUUUCUGCGAUGCUCUCAAAACAGAAAACGAGAAACUGCAGCUGGAGCUUCAGCGUUCCCAGGAGCAUUAUGAUGUGGCUCAGUGCGAAGUCAUUCAGCGUUUGAUCGGUGUUACUCAGACUGUUGCUGAGGUUGAUGGGGGCGGCGGCUCGGAGAAGGAGCUGUCCAAGAAAGCUUCCAAAAAAACUGACCGUAGUGUAAGCCAUAAGACAGAAUAUACUUCUUACGAGGAAGAUCCUCCCAUGAAAAGCACUAGUCGUGCAGCUUCAAGAUCCACUUCUUCUGUUACAUCGGGACAUGAUAUGCUUUCACGAAGAGCAUCACAUGCACAGCACCAUGAAGAAUGGCAUACUGACUUACUGGCUUGUUGCUCGGAACCUUCUCUUUGCUUGAAGACAUUCUUUUUCCCGUGUGGUACUUUGGCAAAGAUUGCCACCGCAGCAACUAACAGGCACAUCUCUUCAGCGGAAGCAUGUAAUGAGCUAAUGGCAUAUUCUUUGAUACUUUCGUGUUGCUGCUACACUUGUUGUGUAAGGAGGAAACUCCGGAAAACACUCAACAUUACGGGAGGGUUCAUUGACGAUUUUCUAUCUCAUUUGAUGUGUUGUUGCUGUGCACUAGUCCAAGAACUGCGAGAAGUUGAGAUACGUGGAGCUUAUGGUACGGAGAAGACGAAAAUAAGUCCGCCUUCGUCGCAGUUCAUGGAACAUUGAAUUCAUAUAUAUUCAAAAAGGUGAACUAAACAAUGCCUAUGACACGAGAUUUCUUCUUCGUUCUGUUCUGUCUUUGCAUGUAAAAAUUAGUUUGGGAUUCCCAUCGACUUUUCAGUAAUUGUGUUGUGUUUCGUAUAGACUUUGGACUCCACUAAAAUCUCGCCUUUUGACUUUUGAUCAUAGAUAUCUUGAAUUGGGACAAAAGUUUUAUGAUUUGGGUCAAAAUAGUAAAUUUAAUAUGAA